AUGGCCAUGACUACAGCCGCCCUCUACAAGGAGAAGAACAUCAAGUCUUCUAGAAAAAUACCUUCAAUUCCUCAAGAAAUAAUCUUUGAUGUAUUCUCAUGGCUUCCCGUUAAGUCCUUGAUGCGUUUUAAAUGCAUCUCUAAGUUUUUUAGCUCCCUUAUAUCGAAAUCAGAAUUCAUGGAUAUUCAUCUAUGCCACUCUAGGACUCGAACCAAAUUGCUUGCGCACGAAAGGGGCGUUUUUGAGGGAAGGGACUUUUUUUACACUAUAGAGCAAAAUCAAGAUGGAAAAGCUUCCCUUCUUCACAUUGAGGAUUUUCUCUGCCGUGUUAUUUGGUACAUGAGUGAAUAUUUGGAGUGUGCUAACGGUGUUUUCUGCUUCUGGAAAGAUGCACGACAGCCUGUUUACAUUUGCAAUCCCAGUACAAGAGAAAUAAAACCUCUUCCCUAUAUAGAUAAUCCUUUUGAAUCUUUCUAUUCAUUAGGUUUCGAACCAAUAGAAAAGAUUUAUAAAGUUCUUUUUACGAGAAUAGUUCGCUCACAAAUAUCGUCAAGAAAUUGGGUUUUCACUUUAGAUGGAAAUAAAUCAUGGAAGGAAAUUGAAAGUGUUCCUGAGUUUUAUCGAGCGGAGAGAGUUUGCAUUAAUGGAGUUAUUUAUAUGUUGAAUGGUAAAGAGCACAAGCAGAAUAUGGUUGCAUUUGAUCUAAAAGCUGAAAGUUUCAGAAUUAUUUCCCUGUGGAAAGCUUUACAUCGCUACAAACAUUUUUAUGACUUAAUAGAUGUGAAAGGAAAAUUAGCCGUCUUUGAAAAUACGAUUAUUAAUGGAGAAGUAAAUAUGUGGAUUUUAGAAAAGGGUCAACAUGAAAGAUGGGAGAGACAUAUUAUUAUUGACUUUCCCGUUGUUCCUGAGGAGGUAAAGUACCCUAUAAAGUUUUUUUGGUCUCAAACAUAUGAUGAGGGGAUUAUAUUCAUUGCUAAAGUGAAAGGCGAAAAAUUCUCGUAUUUCUUUUAUGAUGUCACAAGAAAAAGUUGGAAAGGAUGUGAAAUCCAGGGACUUUAUCAAAGGGGGCGUAUGUUUGGAGCAAUUUAUAGUUGGGUAGAAAGCCUCUUCCCAUUGAAAAAAGUAAGCAAUGCUCAUCGACGAGUUUAA